AUGGCUUCCAAAGGCGAUUCCAAGCAGCAGUCCAAGGAGGACCUGCUCCUGCAGGAUUUGGCCAAGUCCUUCGUGUUCUUUGGGAAUACCUUCAUCAUGUCCGCCAUCCCUGGCCAGUUAUCUUGGCGAAUAUGGCAUAUGGAUCUUAUUCAGUCUGCUGUUCUCUAUAGUGUGAUGAUCCUAGUAAGCACUUAUUUGGUAGCCUUUGCAUACAAAAGUGUGAAAUUUGUUCUCAAACACGAAGUAGCACAGAAGAGGGAGGAUGCUGUUUCCAAAGAAGUGACUCAAAAACUUUCUGAAGCUGAUAAAAGAAAGAUGUCUCAAAAGAAAAAAGAUGAAAGAAUCUUGUGGAAGAAGAACAAAGUUGUCAGUUACAAAGCUACAACAUUUUCCAUCCUUUAUAACAACAUCCUAUUCCUGAUCUUGGUCAUUGUUGCUUCCUUCUUUAUAUUGAUGAACUUCAACCCCACAGUGGACUAUAUUUUGUCCAUAACUGUUUCAUCAGGGCUCAUUGCCCCCCUAUCUACUGGCUCCAAAUGGGCCAUGUCAGCUUUGCCUCCUUGGAUUUGUAAUUAUUUGUGGAUUGUGGUAUAUGGAAAAGUAGCAUGGUGGUCAGGGUGA